AUGCCUUCGGUUGUCCUCCCCGAGAUGCGAGAUCUGAGAUCUCGGACUCGCCAUGAGAAGGUCUCGCUACUCCUUAUUGAUACCUCUCAAGCGGCUAGAUACAAUGUCGGCGCCACGUUCAAGGGCCCUUUAUCCGCGCAACAGAACCACUGGGGCCUGGGCGUCGUGAUAGUUACGAAUUCGGGGGUGCCUGGUGAUACGGCAACGCCUCUGUACUUGCCUUUGGUCCGAUGA